CAAACUUUCUCACCUCAUGGUAACGUUAGCCGUCAGUCACCAUGUCGUUUUGUUUUAACUUCGACGUCCCGGCAGAGACAACAAACAGCGCGGAUGGAAACGAGCUGCGAAACAGAGAGAAACAAAGUGCUGCGAAAUCUAUGUGAGAGCUGAACUGCCGCUCACCGUCUGUGCUGCUGCAGGGAACACUUUGGUAUUAGCGUGUAAUUUGUGCCAUUUCUGGAAAAAACAGAGGAGGAUGACACCAAACCAGCGGAGCCAGUAAAGGAGGCCAAAGAACACCUUCCGCUGUCUGACCCACAGCUGCUCCUUAUGGAUGCUGUCACUGAAACGGUUGCCAUAGGAACUCUUCCUCCCCUUCACUUUCUCAACGAGACAGUUUUUGAAAAGACGGCCUCAGAGAGAGAGGACGGGGAAAGAAUCCUCUCUCGCACUGCAGAGCAGAGGUCUGAUCUCAUCUCUGGCGUGUACGAGGGAGGGCUGAAGGUGUGGGAGUGCACUUACGACCUUCUGGAGCUCAUUGAGAAAGACGGAGAGACCUUUGGGGGGAAGGCAGUUUUGGAUUUGGGUUGUGGUGCAGGGCUGUUGGGGAUAUUGGCUCUGAAAAGAGGAGCCAAGCAGGUCCACUUCCAAGAUUAUAACAGUACAGUUGUUGAACAACUCACAGUGCCAAAUGUAAUGCUAAACUGCCAAGAGGAUGAUGAAGUAGACAGUGAAGAUGACAAAGAAGAAGGGAGGGGCAAGGGAAAAAUACAGGAGGAAGAUGGCUGUAAAAAGAAGGUGAAAGAGAAACAAGAUGAAAACCCGCCACCUAAGAAGAGAGCUGUAGACCUAUCCCAGCAGCCAUUACUAGCCAAGUGUCGUUUUUUCUCUGGCGACUGGAGCACUUUUCUUGCUUUGGUCAAAAAGGAGGACCCACAACCCAAAUAUGACAUUAUAUUCACCUCAGAGACUAUCUACAACACCGCAUACUACCCCACGCUACAUGAGACCCUCCACAAACUGCUGGCACCAGGUGGACUCGUCUACCUCGCCACCAAAUCCCACUACUUUGGCGUAGGUGGUGGGCUGCACCUGUUUGAGACGUUUGUGGAGCAGAGGGGUAUUUUCUCUUUGGAUCACCUGUGGGAUGGGGAAGAAGGACUUCAGAGACAUGUAGUUGUGCUACGUUUUAAAGUGGCAAAAGACACUUGAAUAAGUAAAGUCCUGGAUUUAAUAUGCAGUUUUAUUCGUACCUGUCAGGGACUUUUGUGCUCUGUUAAAAGAACAAGGAAAAUCUGUAAUAAAAAAUGCUGUCUCAUC